UGAUAUGCAUGUGCUGCGACAGAGGGCCAACCAGAACUACCAGUUACGUCGCGGACCUUACGUCCUUAGUACAUCAACGUCAGUGCGGGCUUUGCCGCUGACGCUGACUCUUGCAGAGCUUGGUGUGACAGAGAAGCAGGUAAGAAAUCUGGAGGUGAGCAGUACUACAGCAGUCGGUGACCUUCCUGAGCAUCUUACUCUAGAACAGGCGACUUAGGGUCUGACGGACCGUCGAAAAGACGAUUGGGCAAACAGUUCGGCUGCCUGGGCAGGUUCCGGCCAUCAUGGGCCGUUGAGGGAAGCGCAGCUACACAAACAACACCCACAUAUGGUCGGGUGGUUCUUAGCAAAGACAUGAAGCUGUCUGAGCUCCCAAAGAAAUCAGCCCUCGAAAAUGCUCGGAAUAGAGAAAGAAAAGUUUGAACAAGUGGCGGUACAAAUUGUUGAGGGAAUAGAAAAGAAAUCAGCCAAGGAAGCCCUGCUGCUGUGGUGCCAGAGCAAAACUGAGAGCCAUGCCAACUGUGACGUGAAGGAUUUCACCAGAAGCUGGCGAGAUGGGAUGGCGUUUAAUGCGCUCAUACAUGCGCACAGGCCAGACCUAGUGGACUAUGACAGUCUUGACCCAGAGGAGCCUGAGAAAAACUUGAACAAAGCAUUUGAUCUGGCAGAAAGGGAACUUGGAGUUCACAGGCUGCUCGAUGCUGAAGAUGUUGAUGUUUUGAGACCAGAUGAGAAAUCGAUAAUGACAUAUGUGGCAGCCUGUUACCAGACGUUUGCUAAGAUGAAAGAGGAAGCUACAAGUAGUAAACGUAUUGGCAAGGUUGUGAACUUGCUGAUAGAGAGUGAUAACAAGAAGGAAGAGUAUGAGACAGGUGCACGCGAACUGCUGCAGUGGAUGGAGGAAAAGACAGAGAAACUUAAUGAGAGGAACCUGCCUAAUAAUUUGGAGGAAACUCAACAGGAGCUGAGCCGAUUUCAUGAAUACAGAACCGUAGAGAAACGCCCAAAGUCCAAACAAAUGGGUGAUCUAGAGGCACAACUAUUCGCUAUACAAACCCAGCUGACGUCUGAAGGAAAGAAAUCAUAUCUAACACCAGAGGGCAUGCUAGUCAGUGACAUAGAGAAAGCCUGGCAGAAGCUAGAAAAAGCUGAACAUGAAAGAGAACUGGCAUUGCAUGACAACUUGGCAAGGGGGGAGACACUGGAGCAGCUGGCUGAGAAGUUUGACAGAAAGGCUGUGCUACGCGAAAAUUGGCUCAGUGACAUCAACAAGGUCAUAGAGCAGGAGAAGAUGGGGAGUACAAUGAAGGAUGUUGAACAAGCAAUGAAGCGCCAUGAGACGCUCACUGCUGAAGUGCAGGCGCGGAAGGACAGGUUUUCUAUGCUCAGUCGAAUGGCAGAUAUGCUUGUGAAGUCGGACUACCACGGUGCUGAGCUCAUCAAAAAAAGAGAAGAUGACAUUGCAGAGGGCUGGGCAGACCUGGUAACUUGCCUGCAGGAGAAGAAGAAUGCACUUGACAACGUCCAGUGUGUGAUGCACGUACUGAGAAGCUGUGCAACUUUACAAGAGGAGAUGUGCUAUAUCGAGCCAAGGGUAUCAUCAGAAGAUUACGGCAAUGAGCUCACCAUAGCUGAUGAUCUAGUUGACAUGCAUCGGCUUGUGGAGACUGCGCUAACCGCACUUGGAGAGCGGGUGAAAGGCAUAAAUGAAUCUGUCAAUGUCCAGUGUGCCAAAGACAGUCCCGUACUUCAGAAGACUGUCGGAGAACUGAAUAAUGACUACAGAGCGUUGCUGAUGAAGUGUGAGAAGAGACGCAGUGGGCUGGAGGAGUCCCAGAAACAACAGCAGGUGCUGGUGGAUGCCCUAGAGGAGGAGGCUUGGCUACAGGAAACGCAGAGCCUUCUCAAGCCACAGGGGAAAAUCAGUCAUGACUUGUACCUCGUUCUGCGGCAGCAGCAGGCACACGAGGUAUUGGAGGCUGAGAUUAAAGCACAUGCAGCCAUUGCUAACCAGGUGUGUGAGAGAUCUGUAGAGUUACUGGAGGCUGGUCACCCACAGGCAUCCACCGUUAAUGCACACAUCAACACGCUGCAGCAAGAGUGGCAGACACUGCUGCAACUGGCAGCGGCACGACAAACCAAGCUCAAUGAUGCUGCGGAGGCAGCGCAGUAUUAUGCUGAUGCAGAAGAAGCAGAGCAAUGGAUGAGGGAGAGGAUGCCCAUUGCUGCAAGUGACGACUUUGGCAAGGAUGAGAAGGGGGCUCAGGCAUUGUUGCAAAGGCAUAAGCAGAUAGAGAGUGAGAUCAAAGCCUAUGAGAGUGACAUUCACAGACUGAACAACGUCGCAAUUCUGAUGACGCAGGAUGCUAAAAAGCACAGUAUUGACCCUGCUGAUGUAGUGAGACAAAUCACAACAGAGGAGAGUAAAGACGUUGCAUAUCAUUUGGUUCCUUACGAAGUAGAGGAGGAGGAGGAGGUGACUGAGGAGGUCAUGCAGGAGAAGGAAGAAGUGAAACUUAUACCACUAGUAGAGGUUAUGUAUACGUACAACCAGCACAACCUGGACGUUCAAAAGGAAGACGUAUUGAUACUGAACAAAAAAGCAAACAAAGACUGGUGGAAUGUCACGCAGCCCGAUGGGAAGCAGGGAUUUAUUCCAGUGACGUACGUGAUGGAAAUUGAGCCUCGCAGCGUGUCAACGGUCACCAUGGAACCUAUCACCAUCACGAAAAUGGUGAAAGUCAAGAAGAUCGAGUAUCACAAAGACCCGAUGCCCAAAUCACAGAGCGUGAGAAGAACUCUGUCACUGCGAUCUAUCAGCACUCUUCACUAUGAUAAGGAAAAUGUGGAGAAAAUGCAAAAGCAGAUUACCGACACAUACCAAAAGCUGUGUAAAUCGUCACAGGACCGGCACAAACGUCUGGCGGAGGCAGUUGUACUGUACGCAUUCUAUAGGGAAUGUGAAGAUUUUGAUGCUUGGAUGAACACAACGGAGAGAGCGAUUGAGACAGAUGAAUCUCAUCAGAUCCUCGAAGUUCAGAGGAGAAAAUAUGAGAAGUUGAUGACAGAUAUGGUGGCCAAUGGUGGCCGUCUGGCUGAAAUUGAAAAAUUGUACACAGAAAUUCUCCAAAGCAGUCAGGCACCCACAGCACAGCUUGAUGAGAUGAGACAAGUCAGAGAGCAUUGGAACCAUCUGGAUGAGCUACGAAUUGCUAAAGAACAGGCACUAGAAGGCAUCUCCAGCCUGGAUCUAUUCGACUGCAAAUGUGUAGAGCUAGAGGAGAGAAUCAAAGAGAAGUCAGCUGCACUUCAUAUGCCACCAGUGGCAGUGUCUUCCAUGCAGGCAGUGCGCUCUCUGAAUGUACGACAAGAUAAUGUCGAAAGAGAGCUGAAGCCCCUAAGGGAGGAAAUACAGCAUAUUGAUAUGCUUGCCGAAACUGUUAGGAGGUCUUCUUCCUCUGAAACUGCGCACGUUGAUAGCAGACAGGCUGACCUUCAGAAAAUGUGGGCCGACUUACAGGAAAAAUGUGCUGACCAGAAGAGAGAGCUCCACGUGGUUUAUGGGCAGAAAAUAUUGUUAGCCGAUGCAAAAGAGCUUCUGUUGUGGUCUAGUGACAUCAAGGCUUCGUUGAGUGAAGAGGAGCCUGCAAGAGAUGUGGCAUCUGCUCAGGUACAGUUGACUGCUCAUGAGAACCUUCAUAGUGAGAUAAAGACUCAAGAAGAUGAGUUUGCUAAGAUAAAGACCACUGGUGCCAAACUGAUUGACAAGUCACCAGGCCUGCACGAACUUCAAGACAUUUUGGCUGAUGUGGACAAAACUCAUACUGAAUUGAAUGAUGCAUGGCUUGCUAAACAACAUAAACUGCAGCAGAACUAUGAUCUACAGGUGUUUCACAAAGAAGCAGACUACCUGGAGACAUUGAUCACAAGCCAUGAUCGAGUGCUGAACCCAAAUGAACUUGGUGGUUCAGUUGAUGAUGUCCAGAAGCUAAUCAGGAGGCAUGAAGACAUGAAUAAUAAGGUGCAAGUCCAGCAAGCCCGAAUUGACAAGUUCUCACUAUCAGCAGAUGGACUUAUUGCAGCUAAUCACCCAGCUUCUGACUACAUUGAACUCAGGUACCUCAAAGUUCAAAAAGGAUGGGAUGAUUUCAGAGCAGCGAGUUCAACUCGGAAACAGACUUUGGGCGAAUCAUUAGCUUACAAAAAAUUCCAGGAAAAUGCAAAUGAGGUUGCAAGCUGGAUCUAUGAGAAGCAGCAAGCAAUGGAUGAACUCGCGGCAGGUGAUGUUCCAGUGCUGUGGUCUGAUGCCAGCAAACAAUUGAAAAAGCACCUGGUGUUGAAAUCAGAACUUGCUGUUCACCAGCAGUGGGUGGAAGAGCUAGAGAAGGAUGGAGAGAAGAUGAUUGCUGAGAAUCAUUUUGCCUCAGAGGACAUUAAGGAUAUACUGCAAUACCUUGAAGAACAGUGUGACACGCUGGACAAGUCAGCUGCUGCUAAGGAGGCAAAUUUGCAGCACGUAGUCGAUGAGCAUACCGUCGUUCAGAUUAUCCGUGAUACAAAUGACAAUCUGGAAGAACUGGAAAAGGUGGUGGCUAUUGAAGACAUGCCAAAGGACUUGCACUCCGCUCGCACUGCUCUCGCUCAGCAGCAGGCAGUGGAACAGCAGAUUAAAGAGGUAAUAGAGACAGUGGAAGAACUACAGCAGAGAGUAGAACCAACGGUGGCAUUAAGCAGAAGCAGUGAAGUUCAUUCCACACCACCAUUGAAAGCUGUGACAGACACAUAUGAGAAAUUGCAGGAGCCUGUUGUCAAUCGCAGAAAGAUGUUGGAAAGCACACUAUGUUGCCAUCAGUUUGUGUUUGAUGUCAAAAAUGAACUCCAAUGGAUAAGUGAUCGUGAGCCACGGGCAACCUCUCCUGACUAUGGCAAGAAUUUAACUGACGCUCAGAGUCUGACACAUAAGCACCAGAAAUUUAAAAAGGAAUUGGAAGGCCAUCAGCUAGUUGUGGAAAUGAAGCUUAAAGAAGGUGAAAGGAUAUUAGCCGACAACAGUGGUCUUGAUAAGACUCACCAGAAGGAGAUACGGGACAAAUGUUAUGAGUUAAGGCAGGCUUGGGAAAAGUUGGAGGAUGCAUCCAUGCAGCGAACUCAAAACUUAGAAGUCACCCUUUGUGGGCAUCAGUAUAACUCUGAUGCAGGCGAUGUGGAGCUGUGGAUGAAUGAGAAGCGACAGCUGUGUGACAAUGAAAAUGUUGGUAGCGAUGAAGAUGCCAACUUGAAGCUGCUGAAACGACAUAAGGCACUGACAUUGGAAAUUGCAAGUUAUGACAAACAGCUAGCCGACCUGCAAAACCUGUGUAGCAAGUUGGCUGAUUUUGGCCAUCCAGACAGCAAGAGCAUUAAGAAACGACAGGAGCACAUAGAAGCGCAGUCAAGCACUUUGAAUGAUGCUGCCCAUGAGCGCGAACAGAAGCUAGCAGUUAGAAGAGAUGUUCUUGAGUUUCUACGUGAAUCUGAUGAUUUGGAGGAGUGGGCAACACAGCAUAUGCAGCUGGUGCAAAGUGAGGACUUAGGACAGGACUUUGAGCACUUUGAGAAGCUGCAGGCCAAGCAUGGGAAGUUGAUAAAUGACCUAGAAGUGCAUGCAUCAAUCUUUGAGCAAUGCCAGCAAGACGGCAAUGCCCUCUUGCUGAGAAACACCAUUCAUACAGCAGAGAUAGCAGAGAAGCAGGAAAGUCUCAGAGAGGCAUGGGAGACUUUUCGUAAAGCAGUGAAUGAGCAGAAUGACAAACUGGAAAAUGCUGCAGAGCUACAUAAAUUCAAUCGUGAUAUCAGUGAUGCUUUGCUGCGAAUACAGGAGAAAAAUGCAGCUAUGCCUGAUGACCUUGGACGUGACAUUCAUUCUGUUCAGCGUCUGAUGAAAGCACAUGAGUUAUUUCAAAAUGAUCUCAUUGCUAUUGAACACCAACUAAGGGAUCUAGUGAAUGACUGUGAACAUCUGUGUGUGGGGCACCCAGAGGCAGCAGAUGAGCUGCAUGGUCUCCAGGCAAUGGUGAUCCAGCGUUGGAAUGAACUUGAGGACGAGGCAGCAUACAGAAUCACGCGAUCUGGAGAUGUGGGCCGACCAGGUCCUAGCAGAGAUGGCAACGAAGCCAUCAGUAAACAACCUGCAGGCAGCACAAGGAUUGCAAAGUGA